AUGUCUUCAAUUCAAGAGAAAUUGAACUCGGAUUCAGGCUCAAAACCUCCAUACCAAUUAACUAUUCAACAGCUCGAAAAGAUUUAUAACUCCGAUGCCAACGUUGGUUUAUCUGACAACCAGGUUAAAGAAAACUCUGCCCUCUAUGGUGAAAACACUCUAGGUAAAGAAACUGGUGUUCCCUAUGGGAAAAUCUUCCUAAGACAAGUUUGUAAUGCUAUGAUCUUGGUCUUGUUCAUUUCUAUGAUUAUUGCUUUGGCUAUACAAGAUUGGAUCAGUGGUGGUGUCAUUGCCUUUGUUGUUGGUAUUAAUAUUGUCGUUGGUUACUAUCAAGAUGUUAACGCCGAAAAAACAAUGGGUUCUUUAAGAUCCUUGUCUUCUCCUGCUGCAAGAGUCAUCAGAGGUGGUAACGAUUUAACCAUCCCAACCAAAGAAGUUGUUCCAGGUGAUAUUGUUAUUGUUAAAGUUGGUGAUACUGUUCCUGCCGACUUAAGAUUAAUUGAUUCUUUAAAUUUCGAAACAGAUGAAGCCUUAUUGACCGGUGAGUCUUUACCUAUUUCCAAGGACCACACUCUAGUUUAUACCCACGAAAUCUCUGUUGGUGAUCGUCUUAACAUGGCCUUUAGUUCUUCCACUGUCUCAAAAGGUAGAGCCACUGCUAUUGUUGUUUCAACCGGUUUACAAACCCAAAUUGGUAUGAUUGCUCAAUCCUUAAACGACAAUAAAUCAAAAGUCAGACAAGUUGAAAAAGAUGAAAAUGGUGCUGCUCCAAAAAGAGCUUAUUUCAAAGCUUUUUUCGGUACUUUAAAAGACAUUAUUGGUGCUUUCUUAGGUCUUAACGUUGGUACUCCUUUACAUCGUCGUUUGUCAAAACUUGCAUGUGGUCUUUUCGUUAUUGCUGUUAUCUUUGCUAUUAUAGUUAUGGGUUCCCAAAAGAUGAUUGUCAACAAAAAUGUCGCUAUUUAUGCCAUCUGUGUUGCCUUAUCAAUGAUUCCAUCCUCCUUAGUCGUCGUCUUGACCAUCACAAUGGCUGUUGGUGCUUCUGUUAUGGUUACAAGAAACGUUAUUGUUAGAAAACUAGACUCCUUGGAAGCCUUGGGUGCUGUUAGUGCAAUCUGUUCUGAUAAAACUGGUACCUUAACUCAAGGUAAAAUGAUUGUCAGAAAUGUCUGGAUUCCAGGUGUCGGUACUUAUGCCGUGUCUGACAUAAAAAAACCUUUGGAUCCAACCACCCGUUCCAUCAAGUUUAGUUUCGGUUCUCCCGUUGAAAUUGCUGAAAACGAAGUCAACUCUGAAUAUUCUUCCACUGUACCUUCUCCAAUUCCAAAUAAAUAUGCUUCUUGGUUGAAAACCGCAACUUUGGCUAAUGUUGCAGUCAUCUUUCAAGAUACCAGUGAUCCAACCGUCGAACCUGAAUGGAAAGCUCAUGGUGAUCCAACUGAAAUUGCUAUCCAAGUUUAUACCUCUGCUUCUAAUUUUCCAAGAGAAAGUUUAACUGAAGGUGAAAAUAAAAGAUAUGACCACCUUGCUGAAUACCCUUUUGAUUCCUCUAUUAAAAGAAUGUCUGCUGUUUAUAAAGAUUUGUCUACCAACGAAGCUCACGUCUUCACUAAAGGUGCUGUUGAAAGAGUUUUAGGAUGCUGUAAAUACUGGUACGGUCACUCUUCUGGUAAAACUGCCAACCUUGAAUCAAUUAAAGAAGAAAAUAUCAUUGAAUUAACCGAAGAUGAUGUUAGAACUAUUGAAAGUCAAAUGGAAGCUUUUGCCAAUGACGGUUUAAGAGUCUUGGCUUUUGCAACUAAACUUGGUGACCCAAAAAUUUCCGAUGCCGAAUACGCUAAAAUUGACAGAAAUCAAGUUGAGAAUAACUUGAUUUUUUUAGGUUUAGUAGGUAUUUAUGAUCCUCCACGUUUAGAGUCUGCUGCCUCGGUUAAAAAAUGCCACAAGUGUGGUGUUUCUGUUCAUAUGUUAACCGGUGACCAUCCAGGUACUGCUAAGGCCAUUGCUCAAGAAAUUGGUAUUUUACCUCACAACCUUUAUCAUUACGCUGAAGACGUUGUUAAGAUUAUGGUUAUGACUGCUGCCCAAUUUGAUGCCCUAAGUGACCAGGAAAUCGACAACUUACCUGUUUUGCCUUUAGUUAUUGCGAGAUGUGCUCCUCAAACCAAAGUUAGAAUGAUUGACGCUUUACACAGACGUGGUCAAUUUUGUGCAAUGACUGGUGAUGGUGUUAACGAUUCUCCAUCUUUGAAAAAGGCUGACGUUGGUAUUGCUAUGGGUAUUUCAGGUUCCGAUGUUGCUAAGGAUGCCUCUGAUAUUGUUUUGUCCGAUGAUAAUUUUGCUUCCAUCUUAAAUGCUGUUGAAGAAGGUCGUCGUAUGGCUGAUAACAUUCAAAAGUUUGUUUUACAACUAUUAGCAGAAAAUGUUGCUCAAGCCAUUUACUUGAUGGUUGGUUUAGUUUUUAUUGAUGACGAUGGAUUUUCUGUUUUCCCAUUAUCUCCAGUUGAAGUUUUAUGGAUUAUUGUUGUUACCUCAUGUUUUCCAGCUAUGGGUUUGGGUCUUGAACUUGCUAGACCUGAUUCAAUGGAAAAACCACCAAAGGAUCCCAAAGAAGGUAUUUUUACUAGAGAAGUUCUUUGUGAUAUGAUGGUUUAUGGUUUAUGGAUGGCUGUUUGUUGUAUGGGUUGUUUUGUUGCCAUUAUUUAUGGAAAAGGUGGAGGCCAACUUGGUACCCAAUGUAACGACUCUUAUAACCCUUCAUGUAACUAUGUUUUCAGAGCAAGAUCUGCUUCUUUUGCCAAUAUGACAUGGUGUGCUUUAAUUCUUGCUUGGGAAGUCAUUGAUACCAGAAAAUCUUUAUUCAAAAUGAAUCCAGAAUCAGAAACUCCCUACACACAAGUGUUUAAAGAUUUGUGGAGAAAUCAAUUUUUAUUCUGGUCAGUUAUUUUUGGUGUUGUUACAGUUUUCCCAUUAGUGUACAUUCCAGUUAUUAAUGAAAAAGUUUUCUUACACAAACCAAUUGACUAUGAAUGGGGUGUUGCAGUUGGAUUUUCUAUUCUUUUUCUUGGUGGUUCAGAAUUAUAUUUAUGGAUCAAACGUAUUCACUACAGACGUCGUCCAGAUGAAGCUCACAACCCAGAAUAUGAUUUGGAAAGAAAUUCACCAUUUGAGAAAUAUGCUUCUUUCUCUAGAGCUACAACUGUUGUUGAUGGUAAUAUGGUUCAAUUGAUAAAAUAA